CCAGGAGCCGCGGAUCUCCUCCAGUUCUGAUUCAGUCGGAUCGCAGCUGCAGUCGUUGCUCUAUCGGCGCAGAGGACGAACCGAACCGGGCGCAUCCCUCCCCGCCUCCGGAGGAAGCUGAAUGAGCGCAGAUGGAGAGUAAAAUCCUCCGCAGAUAGGAUUUUGGUUUCGUUUUCGGAGCGAGGAAUCCACGGAUGCGAGGAUGCGGUGAAGCUGUGGCUGCAGCUGCAAACCGAACGACCAGAAGGAAGAAGUUCUGCUGAAUAGCGAGCCCAGAUGAGGCAGAUGUCUGUCUGCUGAGAGGUUCAGGACAGAGCAGAAGAGUCCAGAGGAUAUGGUCCCUGGGGCCCCCAGCACCACGACCACCACCACCACCACCAUGCUCCCCGCCUCCGAGGCUGCCAAAAUCUACCAGACCAACUACGUGCGCAACUCCCGCGCCAUCGGCGUCCUGUGGGCCAUCUUCACCAUCCUCUUCGCCAUCGUCAACGUAGUGUGCUUCAUCCAGCCCUACUGGAUCGGGGACGGCAUGGACACCCCGCAGGUGGGCUACUUCGGUCUGUUCCACUACUGCAUCGGGAACGGGCUGUCCCGGGAUCUGGUGUGUCAGGGCAGCUUCACGGAGUUCCACAGCAUCCCGUCCGGCGCCUUCAAGGCUGCCUCCGUCUUCGUCUGCAUGUCCAUGGUGCUGGUGCUCACCUGCAUCGGCUGCUUCGCGCUCUUCUUCUUCUGCAGCACCGGGACCGUGUACAAGAUCUGCGGCUGGAUGCAGCUGGCUGCAGGUACCAGUCUGGUUCUGGGCUGCGUGAUCUACCCCGACGGCUGGGACAGCGACGAGGUGAAGCGGAUGUGCGGCGAGCAGACAGACAGAUACACGCUGGGCGCCUGCUCGGUGCGCUGGGCCUACAUCCUGGCCAUCAUGGGCAUCCUGGACGCGCUCAUCCUCUCCUUCCUGGCAUUCGUCCUCGGCAACAGGCAGGAUAAUCUGAUGUCUGAAGACCUGCUGGGAGAAAAAACUGGAAAUAAUGUCAUAUAACACCAGGAAACGGUGAAGAAUUCACACACGUGGGUUUUACAGUUUGGAUGUGGCAUUACUCCUGGCGUCAAUCUCCUGGCUCAGCGGCUGGACACAGAGCUGAGAAGCGGCAAAUUAAAGCAACAAAAGAAGAAGAAAUGCCCUGAAAGAAGCCAUUCAACCCAGUACUGAGAUCAGUGCCCCAUUUGUCUGUAAAAUACUUUUUAUACUCACCUGAAACUGACAUUUUUUUUCCAGGAUGAGAGUUUGUCAUUCUUUUUCCAGAAAUGGACAAAAAAAAAAAAGUCUGCUUUUCAGUUUUUUUUCUUGGGGCAGAAAAAAAGACAAAACAAUCACUGAAACUAAACAGACUCUGAUGGACAACAGCCUUGACGUUUCUUACCAAGUCAACAAACUUCAUCCUGCUGAAGACGACUGCUGUCUGCAAAAACCUGGGAACUGAGCAAACAGAGACUGGACAAUCAGAAAAACAAAACAAAACAGUGUGGUCUUGUUUAUGAUGAAAUAUUUGAUGUUAUAAAAUGGAAACUGUUCAUGUCAAAGCUUUCUUUGCUGGUAAAGUUUGUGAUGAAAUAAAAGAGAACACAUAAAUUAUAUGUAUUUAGUGAAUAGCUCUACAUGUUGAUUCUGUCCCUUUGUCUCGACUUUGAAAUUGAAAUGUCCUGCCAUUGAUUGAUUGUUAGUGUAUCUUGUUAUUUAACAAUAUUGUAAAGAAAAAGAAAAAAAUAUGAAUAACCGAGUCUGGUU